CUCUCAUUCUAUAUUCAUCACUCAACACCACCAGCCUCCCCACUGCUCUCAACCCCAUGAACAACAGUACUGUUACUGACCUCAUGACCAACGCUACGGUCAAACCCUUCAGUGUGAUUGAUGGGUGCGAGGAGAACGUGUCAGGGAUCCUCUUCGACCUGUCUGUUCAGACCUUCAACGUGUUCCUGGGACUCCCCGCUAACAUCUUAGUCAUGGUGAUUCUGCUCCGUAACCGCAAGGAGCCGUCCUCCUCAGACAUCUUCCUGGGCUGUCUGGCCUUCAUGGACGCUUACUUCGGCAUCAUGGUCCCCUUCAGCUAUCUGAACCUCUACUACUGGCACAGCAAGGAUGUCUGGUCCGCUCUCAUGUUCUCCUUCGGCGUCAAGGACACCAGCGGUCCUCUGUUCCUGUCCUGUAUCUGUUUGGAUCGGUUUGUGGCGGUCCUCUUCCCUCUUUCCUACGGCCAGCUGAAUGACACCAAGUACAGGGUGUCUCUCUCGGCGGUGGUCCUGGGGCUCACCUUCACCUACGCCUCCGCCAAGACCAUCGGGGUCCUGCACAACUUCGAGAAGGUCUUUACAGGGACAAUCCUGGCAACGUUUGGCUGGAUGGUGUUGUGUAACGGAGCCAUCCUGGUGGCCCUGAAGAGGUCCCGCGGCUCCGGGAAGGACGACAUGCACCCCAUGAAGAAGAAAGCCUUCAAGAUGGUGAUGUCGGUCCUGUCCAUCAUCGUGUUCAACUACUUGCCGCCGGUGGCUCUGUUCCCUUUUCAGGACCACUACCCUCUGGAUACAUUCCGCUGCCUGGUGCAGCCGGUGGGGUACGCCUUCAUUAACAUCAGCAGUAGUAUCCAGCCCAUCAUCUACCUCUCUAGACUGGAGAAGAUCCCUUUUCUCCCUGAGGCCUGGAACAAGUGGGGCUCCUCCUCCAAGGUGAAAGAAAAGGAGGUGAAGGUGGAGACCAUCUCGCCUGCCUAAAGAUGAACAGGUAUCAAAGUUUCUUGUGAAAUAAGUGAUAGGUUCUCAAAAUACAGUUGUUAUAAAUGU